ACAAUACGCAUUAAUUACUUAUUAUGACUUACACAUUACGUUACUUAAGGAGUUACAAUACAAUGUAAUUACUUAAUUAUAGAAAAAAAAAAACAACAACAACCACAAACAAACAAAAAAAAGAGAAACAAAGACCUUGCAACUAAUUACUAAUAUCUGGCAUCCUAGAAACGACUUCUAAAGGUCAUCCUCUCUUUAACGUGCCUAAAACCGGAGUAAGCACUGCUAAAAAGAUCUACGUAGUUAAACGUUUCCAUGACUUCAGCGAGUUAGGUGUCGACUGAAGAAGGCCCCAGCAUUGAAGUUAUUGAAAAAAGUCUUUUCAAUCUAAGCAGCGUUAGUUUUUCAAAGUACUCAUAUACAGUUUUCCUAAGGUAGACGUUACCGCGUUUUGUAAAAACACCUGAUUUCACAUCGCAGUUAGCUCAAUAGAUUCAAUAAAACCUUCAUAGGACAAAAGGAGAAACUUAAAAGCUCACCUUGAGGCCUCGAUGGAGGAACACCUAAGCAAAACAUGGUCUAAACUCUUAAAGACAACAGAGCGAUUGAACAGGUUGGAAGAAGUGGAACUUGAUAAAGAGUACAUGCAAAGAUUAUUGCACAGAAAUUACGGAGAAAUAAGCGAGCUGAGGCUUGAAGUGGAAAACAAGGGACUGCGGAAUGACAUCAAGGGACUGCGGGAUGACAUGGUGGUACUGCGACAACUAUAUAUGAAGAACAAGGACGAGAUCGACGCACUAAGACGGCUUGUACAAACCAUGGAAAGCAAGGUUGAGGCUAAAGAGGAAAAACACCCUAAAAGACCACCAAAACUAAAGAGUAAAAACUGCACGGAAAAAAAGAUGGGUGAUUCAAAGAGCCCUGCAUACAAAUUUGUGGCGGCCGCUGUCGGAUUACGAACGGGUGCAGAAAAAAUUUUGAGAAAACAUUCAAAUAGAAAUGUUUUGGCCGACUGGGACUCUGACGACGAGUCAGAAUGAUCAGAAAUGGUAGAAGAGUCAGCAGAAGAGUACUCAUCUUAAUAAGAUCAACUUAUUCAAUGCUUCGAUGACUAUCGAAGACGUUCGAGACGAUACUCAAUAGUUUUUCAGAAUGGCCAAAGAUGAAGAGAUGAAAAGACGAGUACCACAAGGCAGUGUCCUUGGACUGACGCUUUUCAAAAAUAUUUUCAUAUAUGAUUUAUAUUUACAAAUAAAAACCGUAGAAUUAAAUACAAAUGCAGACCACGGGCAAUUCCAUACAUACUAUUACACUGACAAGGUGGUUCUAGGGGAACGACUUUUGGGUUAUAAAAGCGUUCUGUAUGUAUGUGAAAGGGAUUCUACUUUUUUUUAUGGAACAACUAAACAGAAAAAAGAGAAUACACAACAACAAAAUCAAAAACCUAGUUUUGAUAAUCUAAGUAGCUUUUGUAUGAUAGAAUGUAUCGAGAAUAAGAUUCUUAUAAGUUAACAAAAAUUUCGAAACAUUUCGUUUGGGAUCAGGCAUAUACCCAAGACUGUUGGCAACAUUUUCCACUUCCAAAAUUUUUCUGACGUUCAGGGUGGUUCAACAAUAAAGUUAAUUCUGUCCUGGA